ACCUCUUCUUAGCGACAAUGUGUUAGUUUAGGAAGUUAUUAUUGAUUUCUCUGUGUUGAGACUGAAUGUUUAAAGAAAUCGAUGAUUUCCUUGUAAUAUAGUAUUCAAAUGAGGAAUAAGUUCCGUAGAAACGUAAUAAAUGAAUGAAGUUAUUUUUCAUUCAAUUAGAAUCGUAUCGUCUGUCAUGUUUGAACGUUUAGCUACGUUAGCACAGGUUAUGUGCAUUGGUUUCAAAUGGUGAACAUAUAAGUAAUUCGUUGUAUUUAUUAAGUUAAAUACCAAAGUGUUGAUCUUUGUGUUAGAAUUGUUCUUUUAACGUAACGAGAAAAAAUAUACGUUUUGAAAUAUGGUGAUGAGAAGAGGUUAAUCGUAAUUUGGAUUGAAAGAGAGUUACAUGUACAAAGUUCUAAUUUGAAAGAAAACAUGUUUGUAUAUUUCUGGUCAUUAGUGUGGUGGUAUUUCAGACCUGUUAUAAAAUGGUUACUACGUCAAACAACACAAAUGUGUGAACUUCAGAGGAUUUGUUAUGGAGAACCAUCUGGAGCACGACGGACAUUAGCCAUAGAACAAUCUCUUAAAUUGUCUAGAAAUGCUAAUAUCAAAACUCUUGUGGCCCAUUUGAAUGAUCUAGCUGAUCAGCACGCGAUAACAACUAAAACUGAACGUAAAAUCUUAGAGGAAGCUAUUAGAACAGUGUUGGUAACUAAGAAAAUAAAUCCAACUGCACAUCCUGAUUUUGCUAAAUCAUUUGGCAAGUGCAUAGAAUUAAUUUGGGGUUAUAGACAACUUUGCAUGGAAUGCGAAGAGCUUAGAAAAACACCUUAUGAUGCUGAUAACCCAGAGCAUGAAUUGUUAUUGUUGAAAUUGUGGAACUUGUUGAUGCCUUAUGAACCUUUAGAUGCCAGAGUUACUAAGCAAUGGCAAGAAAUUGGAUUUCAAGGAGAUGAUCCAAAAACAGACUUUCGUGGAAUGGGAAUUUUGGGUUUAGAAAAUUUAGUUUAUUUUGCUCAAGAGUACCCAAGUGCUGCAACACACGUAUUAUCCCAUUCUACGCAUCCACGUUAUGGUUAUGCGUUUGCUAUUGUUGGUAUAAAUUUGACAAGUAUGGCUCUGAGAUUGUUAAGAGAUGGAACUGCUAAGACUCAUAUUUAUAAUUCUUCAAAAACUUUACCAACGAUUCGUGCCUUUCAUCAGUUUUAUUGUUACCUGUUUUAUGAAUUUGAUGGGUUUUGGAUCGAUUCAAAACCAAGCAACAUGAUGGAGUUCUCCUCCAUACAAGAAAAAUUUGAAAAUAGUAUCAGAAUGGCAUUGGCUGAUUCAUCUACAGUCUUUAGGAUAAAUAUAUCGGUUGAUAAUGUUUAAGAUAGAUGCAAUAUUUUCUGUUGAUAAGACCAAAAAUAUCAUACAGGGAACGAAUAUAAUUCUAUUACCAUAAUGCACAGAGCUAAUAUCUGUAAUAUAUUGCAUAAUAUAUUGUGCACAGUGUCUUGUGAAUGAAUAUAGCAACAUUAUUGUGAACUAUGAAAGAUGUAAAAGUUAUUUUCAAGUCAUUAAGUUACAGAAAGAUGUAAAAAAUCUUAAAGCCUUUUAUAUUAUAUUUUUACUUUAUUUUUCUACUGGCUUAUCAAUAAAACUAAUAAAAGAAAUCUAUGCGUUACCUAACGAACGUGAAAAAGGUUACGUUCAAACAAAUUCAUCUAUUUAGUAUGAAUAAGUUAAGGUGCAAUGCAUGUUGAAGUAAAUAUAUUAUUUUAAAUUUAUUUUACUUACGUUAAAGCGGUGAAUACAGACGAUUCCUUUUAUAACUUUAGGUGCUUUUUCAUGGGAGAAAAAUAUACCAUUUACAAUUUUU